AACUAAACAACUUUCUCUCUUCCUUCUGCAGGUACUUCUAAGUUCUGGUAACUUUGCAAAGAAAGAUGUGAUGUUUGGUUUAAAUAAGGAUGAAGGGACAUAUUUUGCUGUUUAUGCAGUCCCUGGAUUUAAUAACACCGGUCAGAGUCUCAUCACUAGAAAGGAAUUCUUGGCAGGAGUGACGCUUGCAAUGGAUACUGCGAGUGAUGUCAUGAGAGAUGCAGCCAUUUUCCAUUACACGGAUUGGACAGAUGUGGACAACAGGGUGAAAAACCGUGACUCUGUAUGUAGUCUUGUUGGAGAUCAAAUGUUCAUUUGUCCAGUGCUCGACUUUGCUCACAGGCUCUCUCAACAUGGUGGUAAGCCUUUUGUAUAUUUAUUUGAUCACCACUCAUCAGUCAAUCCCUGGCCAGAGUGGAUGGGUGCUAUGCAUGGGUAUGAGAUAGAAUUUGUAUUCGGAAUGCCUCUGAAUGCAUCUCUGGGAUACACAAAGGAGGAAGUUAAUAUGACCAAGAAGUUUAUGAAACACUGGGCCAACUUUGCUCGUACAGGAAAUCCAGGCCUUGAGGGAGCUAAGUGGCCUGUGUUUACUGUUCAAGAGCAGAAGUAUGUCACACUGAAUUAUAAACAUCCAGAAGAAAAGACAAUGAUGAAAGCCAAAGAAUGUCAGCUCUGGAGCAAAUUUAUCCCAAAAGUCCAAAGCGUGUCAGAUAAACUGGUGUCUUGUCAUAAUGCAAGUGGGAUUAUACUCCACUGUAAUUAUUUGUUCCUGCUCAUGUUAUUGGCUAUAACUUUAACCUACUGAUGGACUGAAGAGGCCUGUCUUCUACAAAGUUGAAGUCUGGUAAAUGUAAAUUUACCAGACAGAAAGGAGACGUGGCGUGUGUCGGUGCCUGUUGUGCCAAUAUAUCAGAGUCCCAGUAAAGCAUUGUUAAUUGUUAAUCCAGCUGUGCAUAACAUAUAUAAAAAAAGAUGAACAAAGAUGUAAACACAAAGUCACAAAAGGAUGGUAAAAGUCAGGCCUAGAUUUCCCUUUGAAUUACACUUGGUAAUACGCCUAAUUCAAAUUGCUUAACAAUUACAGAUAGAGUUGCUCUUUCUAAAGCAAUAAAACAUAAUCAUCAAUCAAAAUUAUCACUGUAUUUGACAAAAAAUGUAUUCCUCUUUCAGUUAUACAUAAUUUUUUUGUAUGCAUGCACUGUUGUAUUUACUCUCAGACAGUGAAUUCUCAGUAACUCAAUGAUGUCAAUAAAGGGUUGAACUGUUAUGAAGAAAAAACUUUUGACAUUUAAACAAUUGUAUGCAGAAAGUCUCAUCAUUCGAUGUGAACAGGAUGAACAUAUGGAUAUGGUACAUAUGUCCAAUAGAGGAUGCUGACAGCUAAUGUGAGCAGGUUGAAGGAUGACCCUGUGACCCUUUACCACUGGUCUUCCAAUUCAAAAUAAUGUCUGGGAUCUGCACCGGAGUGCAUGGACUGCACAGGCAGUCACCUUUGACAUGGGGCAUUGGGCUCAAGUCAUUUAACUAUUCCAUUAAAAAAAAAAAAAAAACAUUUAACAAUAAAUUAA